UCAUCGUCGUCGGCGGCAGGGAGGCCUGGUCCCCUCCUCGGGUAUUCUUCUUCUUCUGUCACUCUACAGGGAACUUUGUUAUCGCCCUUUCAUACUGUGUAUGACCUUAUUUCAGUGACAAAUCCCAACUAGCAGUCCUAGGGAUCCAAGGUCCGAAGCUAUGACUAACGCGCCGACAAACAAAAGGCGACUGACCGAACCGAAGCAAAGUCAGACAUGUCAAGAUACGAAUGCGGAGCGGCGAGCACACAACGAUGACGGAACCUCCCUCCCUCCCACUCUCUCAAAGCACCAUGAUCGUUUCGUUUCCAACAAUCAAGCUCAAAGUGCUUACUGCGUACUGCCGUACGAGGGGUACGUAUAUCACAUACUUCCCUGUCACCUUUUACAGCAUCCCACAGUUCACCGUGUUUAAUACGGUGGCUGGUAUGGCUGGAUGGAUCGCCUUAUCAGCCCAGGGAAGGGUUCCAUCGCUGCUUCUAGAAGCUCUGCAGCUAUAUCGCCCGGAUAAUAUAGGCCAAGUCAGGGGGGGCCCGGACGGCAGGCUCCAUGUACACUAUAUACGUACGUCCUGUAUGGAACCGUGAGAUCAGGAAAGUGCAUAUGUACCGUGUCCUCAUGUCAGAACUACUGGAUCACAGGACUUCAAUGGGGCAGAUGCUGUUGAGCGACGUUGUACUUUGUCGUUAGCGUUCGACAACGGAGACCUGUCCCUUCUAGUUCAUUCUUAUAUCACUGAAAACCGCCAAAAAAAAAAAAAAAAAAAAAAAAAAAAAAAAAAAAAAAAAAA